AUGGUUGUAACCAAUCUGUCCCCCAACUAUAAAAAUCCUCAAGUAGAUGAAACUGUCUCUUACACUCCUGCAUCCUCUACAGAACUUGCCCCCAUGGACCAAGGAUCAACACCCAUUGGAACCGGGGGCUCAACAGUAGCUACCACACUUGAACACGGCCAAUUUGGAUUGAGAGCACUCAAGCCUCAACUGAGUGCCAAGACACUCCAAUCCUGCAAAACAGCCAUCAAGCAAGCCAUCAAACCAACCAAGGGGGCCCAAAUAUUAUACAACACAGAGCCCCAGUUGUUCAAGUCCUAUUCAAAUCCUACUGCGAUCAUCUCAAAGUUGUUGGAUCAAGUCAGACUUACUGCCUUAUCAUACCAUGGAAUCCUACAAAUUCAACUCAUCAUUCUUCCUGCCCCCACCCCUGAGACACAGGGUUAUUCACCAACAAGAACCUUAAGCUUAGCCAAACAACUGAGAGCGGACACCAACAACUAUCAAGAGAUCUCAGACCAACACCCCUUCAAUCGCUCAAAACAGACAGAAAUUGUGGGAGAAGGACUGAAUGAGAUCAAUCUACGCACCCUCAUCCAACCCCCAUUUCUGGAUUGGAUCAGGCAGAAUAAGGGCUGGAAUGUGUUUGGAGUUCAUGAGCCGUGGCUGGACAGCUCAAUCAGAGAAGCGUCAGAAGGCUAUCCUUGUCUCUCAGUCAGUCUUUCUUUGAAGGGAGAAUAA